AUGGCAGGUGAGAGCACGAAUGAGUUUGAGGUUACGCCUUACGGCCAGGUAGAUGCUGGUACAUCUAGUGGGGCCCAAAGAAUAGACUUAGACUCCUCACAUACAGCUCCACAUAAGUUGAAACGACCUUCUACCAUCGAUGACGAGGAAAAUGCUCAUGUUCUGCCACACUUUCCGUAUCCGUUGGUUAUGAAAGUUGUGAGCUCUGAGCCACGAGAUGUACUACAAUCCGAAAGAACUUUUUUAACAUUUACCAGAUUUGCAACUUCGUUAUUCUUUACUGCAUUGGGGAUAAUUUUGAAUUUUAAAUUGGAUACCUCCGGAGAUGACAAAUCGAAAUCGCAAGAUGAGAGAAAAAGUGGCUUCAAUCAUACCAAGUUUUCAGUUGCUGUGUCCUAUUUAUUGUUGGUGUUGUCUCUCUUUGUUUUGGUGGUGAGUGGGUCAAGUUAUUACAUUACAAUUAAUCGAUAUGCACAACACAAGAUUGCGACUUACAAUUUCAACAAUUUACCCACAGCUGCUUGCAUCACAGGUGUGAUUAUCACUUUGAUAGCGAUUAACGUGACAUUGAUUGUCGAAGGGUUCUUAGAAACUAAAUAG